UGUGCUUUCCUAACGGAGUGGUGACGGUGGUGGCUGUCACCAUGGAGCCCAUACCAUUAGUGGAUCCCAGCAAGACCACCCUGCUGGACAAGACCUGCAAACCCAAAGAGUUUGACUCGACCAGGGCUCUCUUCACCUUUGGGGUGAACACCUGUGGGACCAGGAGCCAGAUUGUGGGUAACUACUUGAUCUACGAGAACGAGGUGCUGUAUACCAGAGCGCUGUUCCCACCCAAUGCUCCAGUCAUCACCAGGGACUCUGAAUACAGGCUGACGAUCCGCUGUCGUUACCCCCUCAACGACACCCUGACGCUGGCUGCUGAAAGGAAGGCGGUCCCUGCUCCAGCCCCCUACUCUGUGCGGGGGCUUGGGUCCCUGCACGUCCGAUCUUAUGACCCUAUGAGCAGAGCCAAGAGUCCCAGAGAUGUUCUGAAUCUGAAGGCUCGGCUAGCCAGGGAUGUGAGCUACUCCCAGUUCUACUCUGCAUUCCCCGUGUCCCAGUCUCUGCUGGAGCCCGUGUUUCUGCAGGUUGAGCUCCAGCAGCCUCAUGGCCAGACUGACCACCUUAUCCUGCAGGACUGCUGGGCCACACUGGCCCCUGAACUGGACUCCAGCCCUCAAUGGGACCUGGUCACUGACAGCUGCCUGGUCACUGGAGACUCGUACAGGACCCACUUCCACCCAGUGCCGGCCAGCACUCUCACCAGGAGCUCCCCCCAGCUCCAGAGGCUUGAGGUGCAGGCACAGCAGUCUAGCAAGGACUCUGCCUUCUGGAGACAGGUGUAUUUCCAUUGCAUGGCUGUGGUUUGUGAUCCCAACCUGGAGGAUACCUGCAAUAAGACUUGUGUGCCUGGAGCCCAGAGAUCUGCCCGUAGUGUGGAUCGAUACAGCCAGAUCAGAGGCUACGUUUCUGCCGGGCCGGUCCAAUUGGUAGCAGAAGGACAAGUCCUGGACCUUCAAACAGCAGGUGACUCCCCCUUGGUUCUGGCGCUGGGCGUGGCGUCCGCUCUCCUCGGAGUUCUGCUCGUCAUUCUUGUUGCUGUCGGAUUCAGGAGAUGUUAAACUUGCUGUCUACCCCAAUAAAGAUUUUUGCAUCUCGA